UUCAGCUGGUCCGGUGUCUUCUGUAUUUCCAAAUUUUCCAAAUCGCACAACAUCAGGACACUCGCGAUCGCUAAACAAAUCCGAGUGCACGAACAUCCGUCACCGCAAACUCCGAUCUUUAUUUUUGAUCGAAUGGACCGGUAGUUCCUUCCGUCGAAAAAACCGCGAACUGCCGUUGGAAGACGACAAUCCAUGGUCCGUCGAGCAAACAAACGUCAAAGGCCGCGUCAAAGAAAGAGAAGAAAUAGAAAAAAGUGUGAACGUGGAGCUCGAGGAGAUACCAAGCGAAGACGAUCGACGACUGUCGCGUGGGCGGACUGACGGACCUCGUGCUUUCCAGAGGAUCGACCAACCGACGUGGAAUCGUAAAAUGGUAGCGUGCAUGGAUUGGCCGAUGAAGCAGCGAAAAGGCGGCGACCGAUGUCCUCCGUCGAGGAAAAAACCGUCCGAACGCCAGUGGAGUCGGUCUGGACGAAUGCAGAGGCUCGUGGCCAAUCGUGUAGGCCCGUUUCGAGGCCUCCUGGCCGCCAUCUUGCCCCCGGAGUUUCCUAAUUUACAGUUUAAUUAGCGUCCAAGGAACAGGAGAACCGUGCACGGGCAUCGAUUGGACGGUUCACCGAAGGUACCAUCGUCGAACAGAGGAGAAGAAACGUCGUCGAACAGAGACGACGAUAUGUCAGCAGUCAGUCUUCGGUCUCGUCUUCGCCGACUAGUGUGAAAUAUCGCGCCCAAGUGUUACGAGCACGACCACGCGGCUACGGAAUCGGAUAGUCCUCGCGAACGGAUAAUACUCCCCGUCCCUUUUCACUUUUCUCGACAUCCUUGAGAAUCGGUAAUUCUUCAUCGAACUGUAUCAAGCGGAAGUUUUUUUCUCGGGUACACUAGUGGACAGAAUUGUAACUCCAAAAUUACCGGGAUAAGGACUUAAGGUGGUUGUAUCGCGAAAGUUGGUCACUUUGACAAAUGAGGAUUUUGAAUCAUCGAAACAGAAGAACUAGUGCAACAUCUUCCGAGUCCCGAAACUCGGAAGGAAGAACCCAGAAGGUCGAAGAGGAAGAAAAUGCAGCCGGCACCAGCCACUCCUGGUUCUCCAGCCCGCUCGUCCUGUUGCGAAAGAGAGCGCGAGAGGGAAGCGCACGAAGAGCGCGAAAGGGAUCGAAACAACAGAAUCGGUAGACAAAAUCGAGGAACGCCUGAAGAAGAUCGCGAAGAACAGAACGAAGAUAGAAUGGUGGUCUCCGGACAGAAUCUGGCUGGCAUGACGGUCAGCGGAAAUCAAGGACUACCUCUUUCGUUGUCGCUCGAGGACAGAGAUCUUUGGACCAAGUUCCAGUGCCUCACCAAUGAAAUGAUUGUUACUAAAAACGGAAGACGAAUGUUCCCGGUUGUUAAGGUUGUUGCGCGAGGACUAGAGCCGAAAGCUAUGUACACUCUUCUGCUGGAGUUCGUUCAGGUGGAUCCACACAGAUGGAAAUACGUGAACGGAGAGUGGGUGCCAGGUGGAAAGGCAGAGGUGGCUCCUCCGAACCCGAUUUACAUUCACCCCGAGAGUCCGAACUUUGGAUCCCAUUGGAUGAAGGAGGCUGUGUCGUUCGCGAAGGUGAAGCUGACGAACAAAUCGAACGGCAACGGGCAGAUAAUGUUGAAUUCAUUGCACAAAUACGAGCCCCGUGUUCAUCUAGUUCGAGUAGACGCUGUGGAACAAAGAACGGUGCUCACUUACCGUUAUCCUGAAACACAAUUCAUAGCGGUGACGGCCUACCAGAACGAAGAAGUGACGAACCUGAAGAUAAAAUACAAUCCUUUCGCUAAAGCGUUUCUUGAUGCUAAGGAGAGGCCUGCUGAUCCACAGACUUACCCACAGUACACCGGGGCUUGGUUUUUGCCGCAACCUACCAUGGGGUACGAGUACAACACCGCCAUCGCGGCUGCUCAAAACCAGGCAUCAGUGACGGUCAACAAUCAUCUCUCUAAUCCCUGCACCGUCUCCACGGCUGGCCACAGGAAUACCUGCAGGUCGACGCCGUAUACCCUCAGACACAAGUACAUUCAAGAUGCAUACGUAGCAACGCCAGGUUGGUCGCCAAGAAGUCCAGAGUCCCUGCAAAACUUGAACCCAGCCUGUCUACCUGCAGCGCAAGAGUGGCCUACUUCUCCGUCGCCGUCGCCCACCUCGUCGUCGCACUCGGUGUUCAGUAGAGGCGUCGUUGGUACCGCGUCACCUACCACAGCCACAGGGUGCACCUUAUACGUGCCUUCGAAUCUGUCUUCUGUUCCUCAAGAGCACAGCCAUUGCACUGAUACCUCCGCUUGGAUCCACCCGACCGCUCUCUCGGAACAGCAACAGCAGCAGCAACAAUCCUACUUGAAUCUCAAUCUGCACCUGCAUCAUCAGAUGUCGUCGUACGCGUCGAUUCCACAUACGGGAUUGCAUCAUUCGUUGCAUCCAAAUGGCACGGAUGCAGUCCCUCCGGUUGAUGAAUAUGUUGUCCACGAGUAUCACGCCUCGCCUGUUCAAUCGACGACGCCUGACCGUCAUCCUCAACAUCAUCACUCUCAGAUGUUGCACCUGCAACCGAUACAGCAGACCGGGACGGUGUCUCCCGUUAGUGUCGAAUACGACGCUCCCCCCAAGGACCAUCAUAUAUCUGUUAAUUAUUCGGAUCAAAAUACGGACACGUUGAAUGAUGUGCAGUCCGAUGAGAAUAGGAGAUAUCUGACGACGGUCAUUGAUAGACAUCAUCGACAAGACUCCGAUAUCGCGGCUAAUGAUCAUCAAACUACGGCUUGGACGCCUCUGACACCACCUCCUGCUCCACAAACUACGGCGAUUUGAUCGAAGUACGUUAUGGUUUCGUUACGAAAUAGAAAUACUAUUUGAUUUUUAUACAUAUUAUCCCGAUAGUCAAGUGAAUACUAGGGAUCUGCGAGUAGCCUAAUGUCAAAGAUUUAGAUUGGCUGCGGAUGAAUUUGAGGAGGUGUAACUUUGAAAAUGUUUCUAAUGUGAAGUAUACGACCUAGAUAAGUAGUUCGUAUUCGCACAUCCCUAGAGAUUACAUAUUAAUUUGUCGCGGUACCCAAUUGAGUGCAAUACAAACAAUAAUUGAUAACUUGAAAUAUUUUGGUAACAUGAGAAGUGGAUGUGAAGGGUACAGGCACAGAAGGAAGUUUUAUUUAGUGCUUGAUUCAUAAAAAAUUGAAUAUCGAUUUCUCAGAAAUAAA